CGACUGUCAUCGUAUAAAACAGCUCGUCCACUGGAUUGGCAUCACAUUUCCGCCUGUUGCUUUGACCAAUCGAAAGUACGAUGAAGUUUACGAUAGCAGUUUUACUUCUAAUGGCCCUGAGGGCUCGAUCAACACCCGUGGAACCCCGGCACAGUCUUGUUUCCGACGCCAACGGAAAUCUUCAUCUGGUCAAUCCGAAUCCCUACACAGUGAUUGACGCCGAAUUGGAACCCUUUUUCAACGCUGAAACCGAUAUCGUUUUCCGGCUUUUCACCCGAUCCAAUCCAAACAAUGGACAGGUGCUGUUUUGGAAUGACCCAGCAUCAGUUCAAAACUCAAACUUUAACCCAGCUCAUCCAACGCGGUUCACCAUCCACGGCUGGAAUGGAGACGGUACGUCCGGAUUAAACAGCAAUAUUCGAAACAAUUACUUUGCAGUUGGUGACUUCAAUGUCAUCAGUGUCGACUGGGGUGCAGGUGCGCAAACGAUCAACUACAUCAGUGCCAGGAAUCGGGUUCUUGCUGUCGGGGAAAUCGUAUCCCGCAUGAUCAAUACACUGGUGUCCGCAAGCGGAGCUUCCCGAAAUAGCGUCAGCGUUAUCGGUCACAGUUUGGGAGCUCAUGCAGCUGGAAACGCUGGUAAAUUCCAAGGUGGCCAGAUUCAGUCGGUCAUUGGCUUGGACCCGGCCGGUCCAUUGUUCUCGCUUGGUCAAUCCGAUAUUAUGGCUCUUAGUGAUGCACAGUACGUGGAGGCAAUAUUCUCGAACGCAGGCACGCUGGGAUUCAACCUACCAUUGGGAAAUGCUAACUUUUUCCCGAACGGAGGCCGAACACAGCCAGGCUGUGGGAUCGAUCUUACCGGAAACUGUGCACACUCGAGAGCCCAUGAAUUGUUCGCUGAGUCGAUCUCGUCCACGGUUGGUUUCCGGGCGACCCGAUGCGUCUCUCACGAUGAAGUGCUGGCUGGUGGAUGUACUUCCAGUGGACCAGACGCGAUGAUGGGUGGCGAGCCGUCGAACCAUGGUCGAGGUGUAGAUGGUAUUUUCCGGAUGAAUACGAACUCGGGUGCUCCGUUUGCCCAGGGUUAGGAUGAUUAGCCGUUCUGAUAUUGAAGAAAUUCUUCAUGGAAUAUGACGCUGUGCCUUCUAUGGAACUAACAUUUGUCGUCUUAAAGGUCGAUACUAUUUUCCUGAUAUUCAAGUUUAGCUUUAUUCUACUGAGGUAGAACUG